UAAAGAUAAUAACAACAACAGCGGCGGAGUUCGGUUAUUUAGUUGGGUUGUUAUGUUUCGUUAUCAACUGAUCGUGCGUUCUUUUCUAAGUGAGAAGCGGUAAACUGACAUCGCUGAAUUUGAGUGAAUUGAAUGUAGCAGCAGUUAAAAGUGCGCUUGUACGCACUGUGUGUUCCAGCGGAUCCAACGGAGACGGAUUCUCUCCUUCUUCGGAGCGUGCUGCGUAAAGCUGUAUUUGUCGCGCAUUUCAAGAGUGUGUUGUUCGUUUCCUUGUGUCAAUGAGAGCUGCGGUGGGAGGUUUGUUAAGCAGCAAGACGAAGAUCUCCACCCCGCUUCAAACGUGAUCAUCCGGUAUAACGUACAGUGGCAAAACGCAAUCAACGCAACCAACGCAAACCACUGGCACGCCGACAGAUGCGUAAACACGUGUAAACGUCUGAGCCACAAGGAACCGCUCCAGAAGGCCAAAAAGGUGCAAGAUAAACGAACAUCGCAGUUUCCUAUUUGUGCCCGCCUGGAACGACGCGAAUCAACGAGGCUUCUGGAAGAGGGUUGUUUGAGACCGGAAGUUCAUUUCGCCCCACUACUACUUGACCCCGGUGGUUUCCAGCCGUAUUUGCGUUUGCUGCUCAGCGUCUUCUACUUCCGUGCGCGGCUGGCUCUUAUUACUGUGAUUGGGUCGGCUCAUUCUGCGCCGAAAUGCUUUCAGCAGACCGCUGUGACGGUAUUGGUAGUGGUAGGAGCCACCCCACUCAACACCUCGCCGAUGGCGCGCCUUGCUUCCGGUAGGGGUGAUUCGCGCAAUAAUGAUCGCUCGGAAUUAUGUAUGCGCGUACGUGUACCAUCGUGUGCUGGGCACGUACUGAAGGUCCCAGAAUUCGUGCUGGGGUUUGAAGUUGAGCGGAGCGAGAGUGAAGCGAUUUUUAUGACGAAUGCAACCGAUUGCGACCGUGAUGUGAUGCACUGCACAGCCUUGUGUAAGAGUGUUUUCCACCCACUCCGUUGUGGUUUGUCACAGGAAGUGUCCGAAGGAUUGCGUGUGGUGUGUCAAAGUUUCAAUGGAAGACCCACUUCAUGAUCGUUGUUGUUGAUCGUGCAUUUUCAUGGUAGCAAGUAAUUGAUCAGCUUCUGCAUGCAAUAAGUGUUUCUUUUAAUGCUACGUGAAACUCCCCGCAAAAAAAACUCAGAAAACAACGCAAAGGUUGUGUUUGCGCAAAUGUGUCAGUGUAUGGCAGGAAAUUCUAGCACUUGUGAAACGGAAACCGAAACUAAGAAGCAAGAAACGGCCGAAAUGUGAUAAAUGUGAUGUGAAGUGCGUACCGGAUAAGUGGGCAGUGAAGCAAAGUUGGAAUAAACGGAAAUGGAAAAUAUAAGCAUUAAACCGAAGCAUGAAUGUUAGCUGGGUGAGGGCGAAUCAGUUAUGUUUGAAUGGUGAAAAGCAGUAAGAAAUCCCGUAUCAAUUAGCCCCACCAGAACCGCUGUUAUUUGAGAAUUCUACGCACAGUGCACUUGCGUGUACUUGCCGCCGCUUUUGAAGCUCCUUCGGUUCGGUUCAGUAAGAAUGGGUUUGGCAUCGUCGAAAGCCGUCAACAGCAUUGCCGGUAGUGGCAAUGGCACUGGCGGAACUGACGGAGCGAGCGAUGGUAGCCGUGGUAUGAUUUUGGGCAAUGGGCGUCAAAGCAAGGAUAGUGUUAUUGUGGAGACCACCGCCUCCUACCCGGUGUUGGACAAUCGCCAGCCGUGCUCCAUACUUCCGUCGCCGUCCGGAAGCACCAGUGUUGACACUUGGAAAUCGUCCAGCUGCCAUGUCCGACAGGCCAGCAUACGAUCGCGUAAUCUACAGCCCAUGCCGGAUAGCGGCGAGUUGGAUCGUCGCUUUGCAAAAGUGCUGGCCUCUAUGGAUCUUCCACCCGACAAAGCGAAGCUGUUGAAAAAUUAUGACAAUGCAAAAAAAUGGGACAUCAUAUGCGACCAGGAAAUGGUACAUGCUAAAGAUCCUCCUGCGCACUACCUUACGAAGUUACGAACCUAUCUGGAUCCCAAGGCCUCCCGAAGUCAUAGGAAACGAAAAAUGGUCGGUGAAUCAACGUCGACGCAAGUGUUACGCGACCUAGAAAUCUCUCUCCGAACGAACCACAUCGAGUGGGUGAAAGAGUUUCUAGAUGAAGAAAACCAGGGUUUGGAUGCGCUGAUCGAUUACCUCAGCUUCCGGCUGGCUAUGAUGCGCCACGAACAGCGCAUUCAAGAAGCAAAAUCGGAAUCGGACGAAGGUCUCAACCCGAAGGAUGGUCUAAACAUUGGCAACAACUCAUUCGGAAGCAACGAAACCAACCAUAAGUCGAUCCCGAACGGUUUUAUGAGACCAGGAUUGGGUGAUAUGAUGGACAGUCCUAGCAUCAAGCGUCGUUCGAGGCACAUCGCCAAGCUCAAUAUGGGACUCACGACGGACGAUAUUCAUGUGUGCAUCAUGUGCAUGCGUGCGAUCAUGAACAACAAAUACGGUUUCAAUAUGGUCAUACAGCACCGGGAAGCCAUCAAUUGCAUCGCACUCAGCUUGAUCCACAAAUCGCUUCGCACGAAGGCGCUGGUGCUGGAACUGCUGGCCGCUAUUUGCCUGGUAAAGGGCGGUCACGAGAUCAUUCUUUUCGCGUUCGACAACUUUAAGAAGGUGUGCUCGGAACAGCGUCGUUUUCAGACCCUGAUGGAGUACUUCAUGAACUAUGAGCUGUUCAACAUUGACUUCAUGGUAGCAUGCAUGCAGUUUGUCAACAUUGUCGUCCACUCGGUAGAGGACAUGAACUAUCGUGUGCACCUCCAGUACGAGUUUACUGCUCUCGGGUUGGAUGAGUAUCUCGAGAAGCUGCGACUGACGGAAUCCGAGGAGCUACACGUACAGAUUUCCGCAUACCUAGAUAAUGUGUUCGACGUGGCUGCCCUGAUGGAGGACAGUGAAACGAAAACGGCCGCUCUGGAGCGCGUAAAUGAGUUAGAGGACGAAUUGGGUCGUGCUCUGGAUCAAGCCAGUGAAAUUGAGCGGGAAGCGCUGUUCAAGAUCGGCGAACUAGAAGCUGAACUGAGCCGUACGAGGAAUGAGCGUGAUGAGCUGUAUCAAAAGCAGCUGGUGGUCGAGGAUGAAGUUAUCAAACUGAAACGGGCUCUCAAACAGCACGAACAGGAAUCGCAGAGCCGCCAGUCGAUGCUAUUGGAGCUGGAAAAUUUGACCAAAACUCUGCCGAAAGGAACGUCUAUUGCGGACGUUUCAAACCUACUGGCCAAAGGUGGUCUGUCCGAGCUCAGCCCAACCGGUAGUGGCAGCAGCAAUAGCGGUGGAGUUAGCCAACAAGCACCCCCUAUACCUCCUCCCCCGGCACCGCCAGCUCCGUCUGUUGUUCCCAUGCCUCCGCCACCACCCUGUCCUCCGGCACCGCCAUCUGGUAGUGAGCCGCCGAGAGCUCCUCCGAAACCUCCGACGUUCAUUCCUGUGCCACCGCCUAUGGGAGGCGGUGGACAUAACGGGGCACUCCACUGCACGGAUGGUGCGAUGACCAUCAAGCGCAAAGUGCAGCCGAAGUACAAACUGCCAACGUUAAACUGGGUUGCACUGAAACCAAACCAGGUACGCGGUACGAUAUUCAACGAAUUGGACGAUGAGAAACUGCAUCGGCAGAUCGAUUUCGUUGACUUUGAGGAACGGUUCAAGAUCGGUAUGGGUGGUCCAGUUACCAACGGAAGCUGUGAUAUGGAUGGUUUGUCCACAUUCCCUAGCAAGCGAUUCAAAAAGCCCGAGCAUAUUUCACUGCUUGAGCACACGAGACUAAGAAACAUUGCAAUAUCUCGACGAAAAUUGGAAAUGCCGGCUGAGACGGUUAUCAAGGCGAUCAACAAUCUCGAUCUCAAGCUGUUAUCGCUGGAAAACGUAGAACUGUUACAGAAGAUAACACCAACGGACCAGGAACAGAAGUUGUAUAAGGAGUAUGUGAUAGAGAAGAAGGAUCUGAAUCAGUUAACCGAAGAGGACAAGUUUAUGCUACAGCUAACGAAAGUGGAGCGAAUUUCAUCCAAACUCUCGAUCAUGAACUACAUUGGCAACUUUUUCGAUUGCUUGCAUCUAAUUAGUCCGCAAGUGUAUUCGAUCAUCUCAGCCUCGUCCUCGAUAAAAUCGUCCAAGAAGUUCCGCGCAGUGCUCGAAGUGAUACUGGCGUUCGGAAACUAUCUAAACAGCAGCAAACGCGGCCCGGCGUACGGUUUCAAGUUGCAGUCCCUAGACACGCUGCUCGACACCAAAUCCAACGACAAGCGCAUGAGCUUGAUGCACUACAUUGUAGCCACUAUUCGACAAAAGUUUCCCGAGUUAAUGAACUUUGAUACAGAACUUUUUUGUACCGACAAAGCGGCCCAGGUAUCGCUUGAGAUGCUCAUCUCCGACGUGAACGAACUGGAAAAAGGCAUGGAAACAGUACGAAAAGAAGCCGAGUUGCGUGGUAAAGGCAUCCACAGCCACGUGUUGCGUGAUUUUCUGGGAAACUCGGAAGAGAAGUUGAAAAAGAUCAAGUCUGAAUGUAAAACAGCACAGGAAUCAUUCAAAGAAUGUAUCGAAUACUUUGGCGAGUCAUCCAGAAAUGCCGAUGCGAAUGCAUUCUUCUCAUUACUAGUCCGUUUUGUACGAGCCUUUAAGACAUGUGAUCAGGAAAACGAACAACGACGACGGCUGGAAGCAGCCGCACUGCAAGCAUCCGUUAAAAAGGAUGAGGAUGAGCAGGUGGUGCUGCGUAACAAUAAAAUUAAUAGCCAAAAGAAACAACAGGAGGCUGUUAUCAACGAAUUAAAGUUAAAAGCACACGCUGUGCGUGAGAAAAAGCUUCUUCAGCAAGAUGAAGUAUAUAAUGGAGCUUUGGAAGAUAUUCUGCUGGGGCUGAAGAACGAACCAUAUCGGAGAGCGGACGCUGUACGGAGAAGUCAGCGCCGUCGAAUCGACAGUAAUAGGCUCUCUAGAACAAUGGAGGAAGUAGACUUUUGAAGACGUGUUGUGUUUAUCGGGUUCAAGUUUGAUUAAUGUAAUAUUAUUUUUAAAUUGUACAUUUGUCUUGGCAUUUUAGCACUUUCCUCAUCUGAGAAUUUGUUUUCGUUUUGUCCACAACGUGUAAGUAAUUGAUGGUUUGAAGCAAAUCAAUAAUCAAUAGAGUUUUUUCUGUUCCUAUGCGUUAAUAUUGAUAAGCAUAUUAUAUCAAUUGAAUGAAACUUUCAUUGUUUUUAAGUAUUUUUUAUUUACUUUUAAGACAUAGUUGUACAAUUCAAACCAACGCUAAAAAGAUCUACACCAUCUCAAAAAUGUCGAUUGAAUUAUCAUUCACAUUCCGCUAUUCGAACUUUUGAUCGAGCAACUGCAGUAGAGAUAUUUUCCAAUUUGAUACACCGCACAUGGGAGGGCAAAUGACAAUUUUUAUUGUCGAGCAAAAAACCGCGGGAUGAUAUUAUUUUUGGUAAUCUAUUAAACUGAUAUUCAAAAACCUAUCUCCAUAUGAAACAUUUAAAAGUAAACUGAAAGCAGCGAUUGAAACGAAUGCUAAAUUACGAGCUUUAAUGCAGCGCACAACAUUUGCUAACCGAUGUGUACAUGUUUAAUUUUUAACGUCCAAAACUUCACACGUGUACAAUGACUUUAACCAAACACAGUGCAAAUUGUAAAAUUUUCGGUGCUUAUAAAACGAGUUACAAUAACUGGCAAUACGAAUAUCAAACUGAUCAUAGAAAGCUUGUAAAACUGCGUUUUAUAAUCUACAGCAGGUAUACAUAAUGAAAGGUGCAAACAUAGGAGCAUCUUUAUUUCUUCUCAUGCUUAUCAAUUGCAACUAUGACACCUUUGAUAAGGUUUUACACAAUUUUUCGUAAAUAAACUGAAAGCUUCCA